GAGGUUCUCAAUGUGAUCGAGACGUACGGCCGACACAUCACCCCCAGGCCUUCGGCCACAGAGCCCCGCCUUGGGGACGAACCCAAGCCUCCGGCCUGGAUCGGGAAGAUGAAGUUUCUUCCUCAUGUGUACCACUUUGUGAAGGAGAGACGCCCAGUCCAGCUCACGUUGCCUGCCUUUCCUUGCAAAAGUCUCAACCGUGUGAGCAAGGUCUUGGGACAUCUACCUGAUCUGGGGGAGGAAUUGUCCUUGCUUCGUCUGAACUCCCUCUGUCAAGACAUUGAACGUGUAUAUGCCCCGGGUGCAACUGUAACCAUCGCUACCGACGGUGCUUUGUUCAACGACAUUCUCGGUAUCAGUGAUGAGGACUGCUGGGAGUACGGCGAAGCACUUAAGGGGAUGAUCGCCGAUUAUGGGUUGAAAGGCCUGCAGCUGAUCCGACCCAUCAACCUGCUUGGUCUUCUUUCGGAGGAAGAUACAAACCGGGAGACAUACCUUGCCACCGUGGAUGUCUGCCGUGCCGAGCUCGAGAGACAUUUCGGAUUCUCUGAAGAGAAGCUUGUCGCAGAAAUCAAGAAAGACCGAGACACAGAGCUGACAUACUGCGGUAUGGUGAAGUUUCUCGAGCUGGAGGUCGAAACCAGCCCGGCCCUUGCAGGGCUGGCGAAGAGUGCCCAGCGGCGCAUGAUGAAGGCCAUGGCCAAGAGGAUGAUGCAACGGUCCGAAGCAUUUACCUCGGCGAUCAGGGCACUGCGUCCACAUGACACUCGUCUCUCAAUUCACCCCUCAUCGGGAGCCGCCAAGCUGUCAUUUCCUCUGAUCCUGGGACCUGAUGGUGGGUUCCAGAAGUCGCCGUGGCAUAGCUGUCUCGCGGUGGGGUUGGACGGUCACUACCGCUGUGUGCAUUCCAAGGACGUCGAUCAGACACACGAGCUGGUCUAUCAGCAUGGUCGACCGUACUUCUACCGCGAGAAGUCCCCUUUGUAUAACUGGGGAAUGAGUGUCUUGGAGCUCCAGCCGCGCUAUCCCCGGGGUAUGUCGAUGAAGGUCAAG